AUGGCAAAGCCGACAAGCAAUAAGAACCAGAUCCAGCAGUAUAAGAAGAGGCAGACCAAGCUCAACGAACUACUGUACAACCAGCCAUCAAGGCUCCAGAUCUCUCCUAUGCAGGUUCUUGUGAUAUCUCUCAUCUUCAUUGCAAAUGUGUUUCUCCUGCAUAUACUUGCAAAGCUUGUGCCUAGCUCGUCGCUGCCCCAGGCUGCGAUAGCCCUGAUGGUGGUUCUGUUAUCAAUUGCAUUCUCCUUCCUAUCUAGUAAAUGA